AUGCAACCACUAUCCAAUCCUCCUGCUACCAUUGUCGUGCUUGAUGAAAAGCAGCCCUUGCUUCCAUUGAAUAGUCAACCUAUCAUUAUUGACACAAGAUCGUCAAGAGCGAAAUGCUGGAUCAAGGAGCAUAUCCCCCGUGCUUUUGUGUACGGCCUGUUCUUUUACAUUAUGUUUAAUGCCAUGAAUGCACCUUUCAUGCAAAGAAAGUCAAAUGAGAAAGACAUUGCCAUUAAUGACUCUUUCCAGCUGGAAUCCAUGCAAGAUGUGGUCACUUACAAUGACAAUGUGUUUGCUUCAGGCUUGGUCAUUACUUGCAAUGAUGCCAAUAAGCCCACCAUCCCUUAUGAAGGCUUGUCCGAAUUUGAAUUUGAUCAGGAAACUUUCCCUCGCCUCACCAUUGAUCAAAAGACAAACACCCGCAGACACAGUUCUCUCCAAAUCUCUAAAGGAGAUACGGUUGUCUCUGUCGAUGGAAGCUUAUCCAAUGCAGUUGUCAAGUUUGAUUUGAAGUUUGAUCAUGAGGAAAUGCAAGAUGUCUUUUGGAUUGAACAGACCGAAGAUGAAGAGCAAGGCGUGUAUUCAUUGAUCAUUCGUGCUGAUGAAGAUUACAGACAAGAUGGUUGUGUCUCUAUAGAUAUCAGUGUCCGUGUACCUGAUGUUGCUGCCUUGUCUACCUUAGCUAUCAGUUUGGCCAACAACGGCUUGUCUCUUGGAAAGAAUCUGACAUUUGAACACCUUGCCAUCUCUAUUGCCAACGGUUAUAUUGAAUUUGAAGAUGGUAUCUCAUCUGGUAUUACUGCAUUUGCUGUUGCCAAUGGACAUGUAUCUGGAAAGAUCGAUACCUUAAGUAAUGACCUUACUUCAUCUGUUGCAAAUGGGCAUAACGAUAUUUCCAUCAAGCAAGUCGAGCAAUACAAUCAAGAGAAUAUUGAUGUCAAGGUUGUCGUUGCCAAUGGCCAUAAUACAGUAGAAGUGCCUAUUGCCUUCAACAGUCAGUUUAAAUUGGAAUCAUUCGUUGGAAGACGCAUUGUUCAAUCAAGUCAUCCUCAAGGCAUUCACCGUCGUUCUGGCAGCUGGGGUGUUACUUCUGGCUACUAUGGCGAUGAUAAAGACACUCAGAACACAGUAACAUUGAAGGCCUCCAGCGGUAACCUCAAGUUGAACUAUGCUUAA